UCAUCCAACUCAUCCACCCAUCCAACCCAAUCAUCCAACUCAUCCAACUCAUCCAACUCAUCAAACUCAUCCAACCCAUCCAACCCAAACUCAUCCAACUCAUCCAACCCAUCCAACUCAUCCAACCCAUCAAACUCAUCCAAACCAUCCAACCCAUCAAACUCAUCCAAACCAUCCAACUCAUCCAACCCAUCAAACUCAUCCAACUCAUCCAACCCAUCCAACUCAUCAAACUCAUCCAACUCAUCCAACCCAUCCAACUCAUCCACCUCAUCCACCUCAUCAAACUCAUCCAACUCAUCCAAC